UAGAAAUUGAAUUACGGAUAACGAACUAUCUAUUGAUUUUAUUAUCAUUAGUUCACAUAAAAGGAACAGAAUAAAAGUGUGAUUAUUAAUUAUUUCUGCAAUUUAUUAUAAGAUUAUUGCAUAGAUUUUUGUUUAAUAAUUUAUAGUGGUAUACUGGUUUGUUCUAGUAAUGUUAAUUUGAAUCAACGACAAACGUAAAUGAGUAAAAAAGCAGUUUAAAUCAUGCUCUAUGCACAAAAAAUAAAUGGAGCCAGAAAUACAGCCUCAGAGAUCUUUACCACCGUUAGUUGAAGGGAAAAUUCAUGGUUAUUUAAAACUUGUUAUAGAUGAAGUCGUUUGGACGAAGAAAAGUUUUGGAGAUAUUAAAGUAUUUGCAUCUUGGUGGGGUGAAACUGUUAGUGCUCUAUUUAGGCCAGUUGACAUUACGAAAAGUGUUACAAGAUCAAUAUAUGAAACAACAGAAAUUUAUGUUAUUCGCACCAAUAUAAAUUUAUUUCAAGAGUAUGUUGAAAACUGUGAAGGCAUAGAAUUAACAGUUGUGUCUGAAGAAGGCAAUGUAGUUAUAGGAACAUCUAGAAUCACAAAUUUACUAAAAAUUUUUGAAUUAAAGCCAUAUUUCAAAUAUGUAUCAAUCAUAAAUGAAUUUGAAAAUAAAAUAGGAGAAAUACAUGUUUCUAUGAAAUUAGAUUAUGCAACAAAGUUUUCAAAUAUGCAAUUAAAAAUACAGAAGCAUAUUAAAGAUGAUGGCAUUGAUAAUAUUGCACUUGUAAAUGCUAAUAGUUUUAAAUAUUCAAGAGAUAUUAUAAAUAAUAAUGACCUUGGUAAUUUAGAAGUUAAAGAAAGUGAAGUUUAUAAGUCUAUUUUAAAGUCAAGAAGAAUGAAGCUUCAAAAACCUUUAAUUAAAGGUAAUAAAGAAGUAAUGGAUAAACUUGUUGCACAACUUGUUGCAAGAGCUCAAAGACUUAGAGGAGCAAUAUUAAGAGAAUCAUGUAAUGAAGAUGAUUUCGUUUUUAGUGAUAAUUCAUUAAAUAAUAGUUUACAUGGUUAUGCCUCUGAUAAAGAUAAUAUAAAAUUCUGUGAAUACAUUUUGGGUAAAGAAUUGACUGGACUCGAUGAGUCCAAGGCAUUAUGUAUAGAUAAAUCAAACUUUCCAACUACAAGCUUGACGAAUUCUACAUCCAAUAGUUUUAAUGUUUCCAACCAUAGUAAGAAGGAAAUUACAUCAAGCAGUUCUUGUUUUGCGCAAGCAAAUUCUCCAUUAGAGAAAAUAUUAGAAGACAAAUUUGAUGUCACCCCAAAAGAAAAUUUACUCCUGAAUCAUAUAAAUAGUAUUAGAGUUUUCGUGAAAUCAUUUACUCUGACUUCUGCUGGAUAUAGACGUGUAAAAUCCUCUUCUUCGUCGCAUAAUGAUACUACAACUGUGUAUCCUAUUUAUUUUGUUCAGUAUGAUAUGACGUUCGAUCAUAUUAAAACAGCAGGAAAGAAAUCAGUAAAUAAUAACAAAUCUAUAAGGAUAUGUUCUAGACGGCAAAGGGAUCAAGAUAUUUGUUUUAAUCAUGAUGGCAUUUAUGAAAUACCAAAAUUAAAAUUAAAUACAGAGUAUUUUAUAAGAUUUAAAAUAUUUAUCCGUCAUUUCAACAAAAAAUCACUAACUGAGUUAGGUGCUGGUAUUAUGUCCAUAAAUGAUGUUAUAAAAUCUGAAAAUUGGAGUACUACUCGAUAUAUAAUUAUCGCUAAUAAAGGAAUAAAAAUUGGAGAAUUAAGUGUAAUUGUGGAAUUAGGUUUAGAUUUCAUUCACUUUGGAAAACAAUGUAUUGAUAAUAUAUAUUUCAAAGAAAAUAUUCACAAUCUGAAAGCAGUGCAAGAAUUCAAUCAGGAUAAAUAUGAUGAAAGAAACAAGAGUGCAAUGAAUAUUCAAUCCGACACACAUGGUCAAGUAUCAUCAAUUUCAGCAGAACAAAUAAAUUGUGUAACCACUGACAAUGAUCUAGAUACUACAAUUAAUAUAUCUUACCGUGGAACAGAAAAUUCUGAUAGUAAAGAAAAUGAUGUAAAAAAAGAAGAAAAUAAUGCAACUGAAAAGGUUUUACUUCAAGGCUUUGUACAUAUAGCUGAAGGAAAAGAUUUGUCAGAGUUAAAUACUUACUUAAUAUGUAGAGCAUUUUGGAAAGAAGAUAAAAGUGAAAGUGCAAUUUGCAACAACACAAAAAAUCCAUUUUAUCAAUUUUCUCAAAUAGUACCUGUCGUUCGUAACACUGAUUCACUAAAUCUUAUGAAAAAUAAUUAUAUAAUUAUUGAAGUUUAUUACAGAAACGAUAACAAUGUAGACAAUAUAUUAGGAUUGGCAAAAUUACCUAUACACCCAUUAUAUGUUGCAUAUAGGAAUCCCCAUGUACUGCCUCACUUAUUAUUAUCUAAAUACCCUGUCGUAAGUGUAGAUGAAUGGGUACCAAUUAUCGAUCCUGUAACUGGACAGUCUCAUGGGCAAUUACUUGCAUUGGUAGCCCUUGGAACCACAGAGCAAAUUACAUUAUUACAAAAUAUAAGAAAUUUACAAAAUGUCAGUAACGCGUCAAGUUGCGCUGAAAGUUUUUCUGAAUUUGUAAAUCAUCCACAGAAAACACAUCUCUCGCAAAUAAAUGUAGAGACAAUUUCAAACAAAAUGGGCGAUCAUCGCUUUUGUACAAUUGAUUCAGCAGAAAGGAAAGCGUGCUGUUUAAAUUUAAGAACUCAAGAAUGUCAGACGGAUAUUUCAACUAUCGAAGAAUUAAAAUUAAGAGAAAGAUCGCAAGAAGAAGCAAAUUCGGAAGAUAUAACAUUACAUACUUCUAUGAAUUGUUUAAUGAAGGGAUUAAACAUAGAUGAAGUUAAUUCAAAUAAUGAAAUAAGUUUGGAUGGUAAAGAACAAAUGUGUACAAAUUCGAAAGAACAAAUAUGCAUCAGUAAUUUAAAUUUUAAUAGUAGUUACUACGAGAGCGAUAGCAAUAGUAUUAAACAUAAUUAUCGGUUACCUACAGAAAUGUAUAGAAGUGUUGGUGUUGGUGCUGAAUAUGAGGAAGAAGUAGACCAACAAACAAACAUUAAUCACAACGGAAAAUUAUUUGAUUUAUCAUCUGCAAUUCAUACGAAAGAAAGAGAAUUAAUGGAUUCUGAAUGUAAUCGAACAAUGUUCCGAGCCGUCGUUGAGAUUGAAUGUGCAUUACAUUUGCCAAAAUUAGAGAAGAUCAAUGAAAUAAUCGAACCCAGCACAUAUGUAUCUUUUCAGGCUAAUAAAUGUGAUCCAUCAAAACAUUUAAAUUCUUAUAUGAUUACCAAUGUUUUCCCACGUAGUUGUAAUCCUAAAUGGAACUGGAAAUGUGAUGUAAAGCUGCCGGCUGAAAAGAGACUGAUUUUAAAAAUUUGGCGCUUAUUAGAUUCAGAUGCAAGUAUGCAAGUCAAUUUAGAAAAGGAUAUUGUCAUUGGAUUUUCUGCGAUUGAUAUUUCAGUUUUAAUUUCUGGUUUUCCUACAAUAUCAGGAUGGUUUCAUAUAAUGGACUUUUCUGGAGAGUGCAAUGGACAAAUCAAAGUAUCCAUAGCACCAUUGGAUAAUUUAUCAUUGUUUAGAAAACCAACUCUGAGUACAACACGAAUUUCAACAUAUGACAUAUCUCAUUUAAGCCAUUUACCAUUGGAUGCUCAUGAGAUAUAUUCCGAUGAUACAGAGAAAAAUAACAAUUUAUCAAUGCUUGUACAGGAAGAAACAUCAGAACAUAAUGAAAAUCAAUCAACUGACUCUGUAACACACGUUAGUCUUGAAGAUGUAUCUAUGUCAUUCUUAUCUUCAUCUCUAAAGAAAAAACUAACGGAAUUAAAUGAAAUUACAAAACGUUUAGAAUCACGAUUACGUGAUGUCACAAAUACAGCUUUUGAAGAUUACAUUGAAAGUGAAUUUGACUUAAAUGAAUCAAAUAGUGACGCAGAAAAUAACGAUUACAAAAGUGCAGACCCUGUAGCAUCCAUUACAGUAAGUAAUGAUGGUGUAAAGCAUCAAGUGUUUCACUUGGAUAAAAAAUUAUUACAGAAUACGGAUGUUAAAGUGCACGAUAAUAAGAAUACAUCAAAUGAAAAUCAAAUUCAAAAUUGUCUAUCAUCCGAUUUCUCAUCGGACAUUAACAAAAGAAAGAAAUAUAAAGAGACUACUGGAUCUUGUUCUUCUUACGUGUCCAAUUCUUACUCGGAAGGAAAUGUAAUAAACGAUAAUUGUCAAAAACAUCAUAGAAAUGAAUAUUUAGUACAGAAUAUUAGAAAAUUAGAUAAUAAUUCCUCCAGUUAUCCAGAACGAGGAACGAAAACGCACAUAAAUUAUUUACUUGAUAAACUAUCUUUACAAUUUCCUCUGCAAUCACAUUCGACUAUAACUGUACCAAUGAGAAUAAACACCAAUUUAUUAACUGAUUUACCCCAGAGCAACAACUAUAUGCAAAAUAAUAAUACAUGUGCUCAAGAGUUCAAAGCUUCUACGAUACUAAAAGAAACAAAUAGUGUACACGAACAAGGUACUUUUGAAAGUCAAGUAAUAAAUUGUCCAUCUAAUGGAGAUAAAGAAUAUAAUAAUGGAAACUUGUACGAAGUAUCGUCACAAUCAGAAAUUGUUAAUAAGAUGUCGACGGUAAUCCGUGAAGAAUUAGUUUCUGAAGAAGAUAGCAAUACAUCAAAAUGCGAUGAGUUAACAACUUAUCUAAUAGCUUCGAACAUUCGUCAUAUGGAUCCAAACAAUAUUUUCAAUCCACUUCUAUGCUCACAUUUAAUACCAGAUACGUAUUGUUCACAUACAUCACCAGAGGAAGAGGCCAUUGAACGGUUAGAUAAUCGUUAUACCGAAGCUUUUAUCACAUCAGUGAACGAUAAAUUAGAUAAAAUAGGAAAUGUAACGGAGAUUUAUCCGUCAUCGUUAACAAAUGCUGAAUUAUUUACCGUGACACCAUCUGGUACAUCGGAAAGCAUUGAUAACAAUCUUAAUGUAAAUGUUCUUCGCAAAAUCAGUUACACUGAUUUACCUGCAAGUAAUAGUACAGAAUCAACUACAACAAUAUCGCCCCAAAGAACUUCAGUGAAACAGGUUGGUGUUGAAAUAACUGAAUGUAGUUACUCUACUUCCUCUGAAGCAUUAGAUCUCGUAUUAUCAAGACAAGCUCCUGAUGGCGGUAAUCCAAUGGAAGAUGUGACAAAACAAUCAAUUUUACAGCGAUUAAAUGACGGUCAAGGCUCAUCAUCGAAUACUUUAAGGAUUUGUUUAAAUAAGUAAAGACGAAUGUUCCACAUUUGUGAUUUAUGGUUGAAUUUACACUUAUGUGUAAUAAUGCGAAAAUUAACAUACCUAAUAUCUAUUAUAUGUUACACGUAAACUGACUACCAUAUGUAUAUACGAUAUCAGUGUAGAAUAGCAUAUAAUCACGCAUAAUAUACAAACAUCGUCAAACAUUACUCGUUUACUGCAACAAUAACAUAACUCACAAUCAGAGAACAUCAUAUUCAAAUGAUAGAUUCUUAUAAGAAAUUAUUGAAUUAGAAGAUAAGCAUUACAAUAUCAAUACUCUAUAUCAUGAAUUCUCAAUAUGUAAUUGUUUUUUCUACACCAGUAAGCUGAAAACAACAAUUUUGGAGAUAUAUCAGUGUUACAUCAAAUAAGCAACGUAUGUAUACUUCUGCACUCAUAUUCUUAUUUUUUUAUAACAUUUGUACAUAUUAUAUUUAAAACAUAGAUAUAUGGAAGCAAAUUAAAACAAAUUCUGUGUAGUUAAGAAAUAUUUGCAUUCAAAUAUAAAUAUAAAUAUAAAGGAAAUAAAUAUAUUAUUCAAAUUAGUAGAUUUUGUUGUAUUUCUAUAAAGUACAACUUUAGUAGGAAUUAUAAAAUGUGCGUUGACUGUAUUUAUCCUUUUAAAUAACCAGACAGGUAAGCUUCUCUUCGUAUCCACUGCGUAACAACAUUAGGAUACAUUAACCAUAUUUUUGCAGUAGUCGUACAAUGUUGAUGUAUAACUGAACAAUCUCGUAUUUUCUAAAAUUUUAUAUAAAAUAUACGUGUAUACAAAUAUAUAUGCAAUACUAUUAAUUCCCUGUAGUGUCUGCACGCUUACACGAAAUAAUGUUAAAUCUGAUUUUUUAUAUGUAUCUUGCGUUUCAUAUUCUUUAGUCAAACAUGAUCUACAUAAAAAUAUUUUAUUUUUCAAGUGCCAAUAGUCAUCGACUAUUUGCUUUUUACACUUUUUACAAACAUCUGUAUUUUGAAUACAACAUUUUAAAUCCACGCCAAGUUUCAUUUGCACCCUACCACCAAAAUUGUGCAUGAAUGCAAUACCUCCUCCUUUAGCACUAGUGUACAUCCCUGGACUGUUGUAUACAAGUAUUAAUUUAUCUCUGUUAAGUAACUGACACGAUUACCUUCAUAAUUUUAUUACUGUACCCUGGAAUUGUAUUUGCGCCGAAAGAUCUUUUUUUAGAAUUAUGUUUAAAAGAAUACUUGGGUUCAUGUAAUUGUUUAGGAAACAUAGGAAUAUUGUAAUCAAAUGAUGACGAGUAAUCAUUUUUAUGCAAAACUUGUUUAGCAAAUCUGGCAAUACCACUGUAACCUUUUUUACUAAUACUAUGGGAACAAGGCUAAAAUAUGAUAUAUUAUUUGAAUUUGUGUUACAUUUACUUUAAAAUACUUAUAUUAUUGGCUGGUAGUACAAAUAGUAUUAAAUUAUACCUUGGUUUUAAUGGCUUUAUACGAUGCUAAAGCAUUAUAUGAAUUCGGCGAUACAUUUGGAUA